AGAAUUAGGAAAAAAAAUAAAUAAAAUCAAAAACCCUAAUUAAGUUUUUAUUCACCAUGGAGAAAGAAACAAAUGGAAAAGCAAAAACAAAUGAUGAAAAAAUUCAAGAAUCUCAUGAAGCACAAGCAAAUAUGUGGAAGUUUGUGUUUGGUUUCACAGAAAUGGCUGUGAUUAAAUGUGCCAUUGAGUUAGGAAUUGCUGAUUUUUUGGAAAAAAAUCAAGAACCUAUUAGCCUAAAUCAACUAUCUAUUGCACUUGGUUGUUGUUCCACUUCCCUCUAUCGUAUCCUAAGGUUCUUGAUCAACCGUGGAAUAUUCAAGGAGACAUCAACCAAAAGCGGCAAAAACGGCUAUGUUCAAACGCCUCUUUCCCGCCUUCUCAUUAAAGAAGGCGAGAAUAGCAUGGCUGCUUUCUUGCUAUUCGAAAGCAGCCCUGUGAUGUUGGCACCGUGGCACAAUCUUAGUGCGCGUAUUUCAUCAAAGGACAAUAGUACGCCCUCCUUUGAUGCAGCGCAUGGAAAGGAUAUCUGGAAGUACGCGGAAGCUGACUCUGGACUUAGUAACCUCCUGAAUAACGCAAUGGCGUGCGAUGCUAAAGUUGCAGUAUCAGCGAUUAUCGACGGUUGCCCGGAGAUAUUCGAGGGGGUGAACACAAUGGUUGAUGUUGGUGGUGGUGAUGGAACAACACUAAGAUUAUUGGUGGAGGCUUUUCCUUGGAUUAAUGGGAUUAAUUUAGAUCUUCCUCAUGUUGCUUCUGUUGCACCUCAUGCUAUUGGUGUUGUACAUUUUGGAGGUGACAUGUUUAAUUAUGUCCCCAAAGCUGAUGCUGCCUUCCUAAUGUGGGUUUUACAUGAUUGGGGAGAUGAAGAAUGUAUACAAAUAUUAACAAAGUGUAGAGAAGCAAUUCCAAAAGACAAAGGGAAAGUGAUAAUAUUGGAAGCAAUAAUUGGUGAAAAAGAAGAAAAUAAUAUUAUUAGAGGAUCAAAUAAUGAGAAGCUCAAGGAUGUUGGUUUAAUGUUGGAUAUGGUGAUGAUGGCUCACACAAGCAAUGGAAAAGAGAGAACAUCUAAAGAAUGGGCUUAUGUUUUGAAUGAAGCUGGAUUUGGUAGACACACUAUUAGUCACAUUAAUGCUGUUCAAUCUGUUAUUCAAGCUUAUCCUUCUUGAUUUUUAUCGUGUUCGGAGACGGAUUUAGUGUGUAAGUUAUGUCGAUUUAUGUUUGAGGUUUUUAAUAAGCAUUGGAUACGUAUGUUAUAUUUUUGAAAUUACUAAUUCAAAUCUAUCAUUUGUUGCAAUAAUA